AAGAUGACGAAAUGGGUUUUUAUUAUAGCGAUAAUUAUGAAGAGGAUUAGAGAUCAAACAAAGCCUUAAGAAUAUCACGUUAAUUUUAGGUAAAUUCUAAAGUGAUUAAGAUUAAAGUGAAGUAAGAGUCGCCGCUGGACCAUGCGGGUGGUCCUGCACAGCGCAAGUGCACGGUUUUGUUGUUGUUACUUUCUUUUUUAAUUGUGGGUGGCCCUUCUUUAAGUUGUUUUAGAUUUUUUAGUUGAGAAACAUUUUUUUAAAAUUUUUGAAACACCACUCUUUCAGUGUUGAAUUCAAAUUAUUAUGUUUGAUAGCACAGGUAUCCUACUUAAGUGAGAAUGGUUGUGUGAUAUUUAGAACAUACAGUACAAUGAUGUUAUAAAAAGGAAGCGUGAUUUAAAGAAGAUUUAUUGCUACUGAGAAAUUGUUGAUAUAGAAAUAUCAAAAUGAAGGUAAUCUGUUCAGUUCUCUGUCUCUUGGUCCUCUGUGUAUCAACUUUGGGAUACAAACUGCCUAUUACUAAAGGUUCAAGAGAAUCUUUUUCUCCUCAAAAUAAUGCUGUGAUAGGUACAUUUUCUUAUAUAAGGCACAGAGAGCCUAAAAUAACAAAGUCUGACAGAUUCUUAGAUCCCCAUUAUGACAUGCCUUUGGAUUAUUGUCGUAGACCUGCAAAAUGUGAACCCCUCAAUUACAACACUUGUCUUGGAGCCAAAUUACCUUACAAAUCAACAACAGUUAAUUUAACAGACUUAGAAACUCAAGAAAAGAUUCAAGAACAAUUACUCUUACUUUAUCAGUACCUGCGUUAUAUCCCUAAAUGUUGGGCUGUGAUUCAACCAUUUUUAUGUGCGUUAUACAUGCCAAAUUGUAAUGAUGACAAUGUAAAUCUACCGUCAAGAGAAAUGUGUGAGAUUACUGUUGAACACUGUAAAAUAUUCUUGAACUCUUCAGUUUUCCCAGAGAUAUUAGACUGCAAUAACGAUAUAUUGUUUCCUUCCAAAUGUAAAAAUGACGUACAUAUGAUGAAGUUUAAUACCACUGGGUAUUGUAUGGAUCCUUUGAUUAAAACAGACAAACAAGACUGGUAUUAUAGAGGAAUUGAAAAUUGUGGAUUGGAAUGCAAAGAUUCAUUUUACACAGAAACAGAGCAUCAUCAAAUACAUAAACUAAUAGGAUAUUGUGCAGCAGCUUGUAUACUUUGCACUCUUUUUACAAUCGUGACUUUUCUCAUUGAUUGGAAUGCCGCAAACAAAUACCCAGCUUUGGCAAUAUUCUACAUAAACGUAUGUUUUUUUAUAUCAUAUAUUGGAUGGUUCAUGCAGUUCUUGAGUCCUGAAACUCGUGAAGAUAUAGUUUGCAAGCGAGAUGGAACAUUGAGGAAAUCUGAGCCAAGUGCCAAUGAAAACUUAUCCUGUGUUAUGGUUUUUGUAUUGGUUUAUUAUUUUGCCAUGGCUGGCAUGGUUUGGUUUGUGAUUUUCUGUUACUCCUGGUAUAUGAGUUCCCUUCAAGCUUUGGGAAAAACACAGGAAAAAAUUCAUAAGAAGAGAGCUUACUUCCAUUUAGUGGCUUGGAGUUUACCCCUUAUUUUAACCAUCACAACUAUGGCUAUAGGUGAAAUAGAUGCUGAUUAUGUUACUGGUAUAUGUUUUGUUGGUUUCAUCAACAAGGCUGCUAGAAUAGGGCUAUUACUUGCCCCUUCCACUGCAGCUUUGCUCAUUGGAGGCUAUAUAAUCAUCAGAGGACUCAUUUUGCUAGUUAAAGUGAGGGUUGAAAGCCAAGAAGUAAUAUCUGAACAUUCUAAUAGCAAAAUCAAAUCAACCAUAAUCAGAAUGAGCAUAUUCGCUACUAUGUUGGUGAUUUUCUGCAUAAUUACUUUCUUUUACCAUCACUAUAUUUAUACACAUGGCGAAGAAUGGGAAGAAAGUUUACAUGCUUAUAUUCUGUGUAAACUGACAAGUUUCAGUUCAGAUUAUUCACAUUGUAAGCAAGAAAAUAGACCAAGUGUUGCUAUGCUUCAGUUGCAAUUAUUGGCAGCCUUUGGCGUGGGACUAGCUAUGGCGUCUUGGGUUUGGUGUGAAGCUACAAUGCAUGCUUGGGAAAGAUAUAUAAGGAGAAAGUUUCGUUGGGAAGAAGAGGUGCCAAUUAAACAUCAGAAACAUAAGGUGAUUGCAAAUGCUUUCGCAAAGAGGAAGAAAUAUUACGAGGGUGCAAAGAUUUCAAUAGAAGACCAAAACCAUUCGGAUCCCGUCGGAUUGGAUUUUGACCCAAACAGUGCCUCCAGCAACGAGCUGAGUACAUCUUGGGUGGAGAAUUUACGGAAACUAAUCUAUAGAAGGGGAGCAGUGCCUAAUCAACCCGAUUCAGAGGUCAGCGUCAGCUUGAGACAUGUCAGCAUAGAAAGUAGAUGUAAUUCUGGCGAUAGUCAGCUUUCCGUUCAAAUAGCCGAGCUGAAAGCUGUUAAGAAGGUGAGAAAUGGAAGCAGGUAUCGGAGGGAGAAGAGGCAUACAAGGAAGUCCAGAAGUAGACAUUCUAGGAGAUCAUCUAGAAGAAACUCCAUUAACGGAGGUAGCAGAACCAGCUUGGAUUCCCAUAUGGAACUUAUCAACGCUCUCACAAACACUGAAAGUUGUAGAGGUUUCAGGCCUAAUCUAGGCCGACGAACAGCUAACGCAGGUCUGGAUGGCCAACAGUUAUCAGACCUGUUUAAUAGCAGAAAAUUAAGAUCCCACGGUGGAAGAACAAGAAGCGGCAGUGAAGAUGAGAACGUUUCUGUUACCAUUUCCGAAAGCAAGUUCAAUAUGAGAGUUAGUAACACCAAUAACUUGGAUUUGAACGAUCAGCUUAUGAUCCAGUCUUUACGACAGCAAAUUGGUGAUAUCUCAUCCACCUCACUUUCGGAUGAAUAUUUACACAAGGACUACGGACAAGAGAAGAAAUAUUGUGAAGAGAUUGAGAAUUACGACCGGACGCAAGAGUUGAAACAAAUCGGGUACUCUUCCAAUUCCGAUAAUUCAGGAUCCGAAAGUGACAAUUCAUCUUGUCCGGAAAUUAAAAAUUUGGUUCAAAGUUCGGUAAACUCUGCUGUGUCUGGAGGUGAAAAGUUGAACCAAUCAAGUAGGCAAUCUAGGAAUUCUCGCACAUCGACAGAUGUAGCUGUACAAACUAGUAUACAAAACCUAGAUAUGGAUGACUCGGAUAAAGAUGAGAUAAGUCAUAAGUUUCACAAAUCGAAAAUUUCGAAAAUGGUAGGUAAUAAAAAGAUAAAGAAAAAACGUGAUAAGUAUAAAAGUUCGAAAGACUAUUGCAAAAAUUGCGGAACACCUGAUGAGUGUAAGCCAUUGAACGGUGAUGAGGAUAAAGUUGAGGAUGAGGAGAUCCCAAUGAAAGAUCUAUGUGAUAGAAAGAAAAAAUACUCGAAGAAAGUUUGAUUGAGGCUUUUAGGAUACUUCAAAAAUCUAUGAAAUACUCAAAUAAAGUUCGAAUCAGCCCUUUGGUAUGUUUUUAAAAUGUAUCUUUCUUUUAAAAUACUUUCAUGAGAAAUAUUUCAAGUGAAGUUUUUAUUAGGUUGGUUUUAGUAUCAUUCUAAAUUGUUUAGAAUCAGAAAAUCUGUAGAAUAUUGAUAUUCAAUCGUCGAAGUUUCUGUUGAAGCAUUAUAAAUGAGUCUAUACCGGGUGUCCCAAGUUAUCGUAUACAGGCAAUAUCUAGCUUAUUUGACAAGAUAAUAAAAAAAUUAAAAAAUUGCUUUGAAUAACAUCAAAGUACCUUCCCAAUGAUGUAUAAA